AUGGAAGCCAGAGCCUUAGCACAACUUCUAGAUGAGGAGAACCAUUCCGUUUGUCUGUAUUCAAAUUCAUUGCAGCUUCUUUACCUUGCGUUGUGGGCCGACUACCUACUUAUUCUACGCUUCUUCACCGCGGUCAUCUACAAUGUCAGGGCUCUCCCGGAAUCCCUUCAUACGCACAUUAUCAGAGUCGAAUCUCGCAUCGUUAACAUUGCUAUUUCCAUCGUCCAGAUAGUGCCAGGCGGAGCAGUGGCUGAAAAGUACCGCCGACGAUGCUCGCGAGAUGAUAGUUUAGAAAGCAGUCUGUCGUCUACAGACCAUGCAGAUGACCUACUAGCCCCCAGGGACAGCUCUCUUGAUUCCAGUGGCGUUCCAGACAUGUUUCUGCACCAGCCUGACAUCGCAUAUCUCCGGCCUCAAGCACCUCGACCUCCCUAUCGUCGCCACCUGGAGAACUCCAGACGCCCUUCCUCAAUAAUAUCGCCUUUACAACCGGCAGUCACAAACCCCCGUCGAAACAUGAUGCUUGAUGGAACCGUUUCACCUCCAGCGUUCAUCGAACCUAUUCCACGUACUCCUAUGCCACCUAUACCUACAUUCAUUGCUCGUAUGCCGCUUGCCUCUGUUAGCGACUCUAUCUAUUCUUCCUGCUCCACGCAACUUCACGCUGCCCAAUGUGAUAGGCCUGUCAACACUAGUCUAGAACGAAGGCCAUCUGCCGAGGCUCAAACAUACGCUGACUUACUACCCAAGCGCUCGUUCGAUGACGCCAACGAUCCUCAUCCACACUCCAGCAAGGCAAGCCCGUCUAGCAAUACUAGCCCUGAAAAUCCAUCUUCCGGAAAUACGUCGAGCCAUUCAGACAACUUCCCUUUACGUUUUUGCCAGGAUUUGGAGCAUAAUACCCUGGCAGCAAUGGCGCAGCGCUAUGCGAGAAUAGGCCAUAGAAGAAGAAGUAGGAGUAUCAGGUCAUCAUCUGCGCCGAUACCUCCUGUAACCGCAAAAGAAUUGAAGCCUUGA